AGAAACAGAAAGUAAAAGUGUAAAAAAUUGGCAAUAACAUAAUUUGUUUGGCGCCAAUAACAAACACUUUUUGUAGGAUGGCCACAAAUACAAUCAAUCAACAAAAAACAGCAAACAUCACCAGUACUGCUACUGUCUCUAGAGCAUCUUUGCCAGGGGGCAAUUCCGAUCAGUCGUUAAAGCUGGCAGUAGCCAUUUCUCUUCUCCGAUCAAAACUUCUCCAAAGGCAGCAGCCUGCUCCUCACUCUGACGCCGCCCUUCGCUGGAAGCGAAAGGCUAAGGAACGGAAGCAAGAGCUUCACCGUGUUAGAGAAGAUCUCAAGGAAGCUCAAGAUGCUUCGCAUUCCGAUAUAUUUCCACAAGGAGCCGCUUCGUGCAAGUGUUAUUUCUUUGAUAAUUUGGGGAAAAUUAUCUCUGAUGAUGCCUCUCAUCAUAGAUUUAGCGACGUUCUUCGCCGUAGAUUCCUCAGACAAGUGCGAUUGAGAGAAAGGAAGAGAACAGACGGUUCCAAACAGCGAAAGCUAUUUUCAGAUUUGAAUGGUGAAGAUGAAGCAGAGCAACUUAGGGCUUCUGUUGAUUUUCUUGUGGAGCUUUAUGACUCUACUUCUCCUGUGCCAGAUGCUAAUUUUGCAAACUGGUCGCAUCAAGCUGUAGAUUUCAUUUUAGCAUCAUUGCGGAACCUGCAAUCAAGAGGAAAAUACACGGACUUCACUGAAGAAAUUGUUAACAGCUUGAUUAUGCGGUUGAUUAGAAGGAUGUGUUCCUCUUCACAGGGAGAUGGGUCACUUACUGACACCGAUACCCAGUUCCAUAUUCAACACUUAAUUCGCAAACUUGGAAGUGAAGCCUACAUUGGGCAACGUGCACUAAUUUCAGUUUCGCAAAGAAUUUCUGUAGUGGCAGAGAAUUUGCUCUUCAUGGAUCCAUUUGAUGAAGCUUUUCCAAACUUACAUAGGUGUUUGUAUAUUAUGAUUCAGCUUAUUGAGUUUUUGGUAUCAGAUUACUUGAUGGCUUGGUCAAAGGAUGAAGGAUUUGAUAAUGUACUAUUUGAAGAGUGGAUGAUAACCCUACUUCAUGCUCGAAAAGGAUUAGGACUUCUGGAAAGCAGAAAUGGGCUUUAUGCAUUAUACAUGGAUCGCAUCACGGGCCAACUGGCUAAACAAGUGUACCAGGUUCCAUCAUUCCAGAAACUUAACCAAGAUAUUCUUGAUACUCUGUUGUGCUGACUAGAAUGCUGAGAUACAGCAUGCCUACAGAAUCCUUCUUGUGGUAUUUCCUCAGAUUAUGCACAUGCAAUACAUAUGUUCUUUGAUUACUGCAAACGGACUUGUCCAGCCUGUGAGCCUGUUGCUGUCAACUUGUUUAACUUUGGCCUAAACACUAUUAAAGCUCAAACUUUCAUUAUCAACUACAACUAAAUCUUCUAUUUUUUUUAUAAUUGACAUAAUUUGGAAAACUUGUUGCAAUUAUGUCCUAAACCAAUGAGCUAUAGCUCAAAUGGUAUUAGCGCUAGACAACAAACUGCUAGGUCGUGGGUUCAAAUACUCCCACAAGCGCUCGUCCUCUCCGAUUAUCAAAAAAAAUUGUGUUUAUGUAGAAAAAUCUUUAAGUGGCAAUACAUGUAGAUCCCAGCUAGACAAGUCUAAAGAUACGUAAAGACACAAAACUUAUCGCCUAUUACUCUUGAUACGUAAGUAACUUUUUUUGUUCCAAAUACAAAUUGAGACAAUAACUGUAACAAAUCUUUUAAAUUGGGAUAAAAUUGCAAAAAAUAAAAUAUUAGGUUGUAAUUGAUGAUGAACAUAAAUGUUUAGAUAUAAAUAGUCUUUAAGCCUUUUAUUUUUAAAGAACAAAUUACCGAGUUUAAGAAACUUUUUCUCCUGCUAACCAGUAUUUAUACUGACCCAACCUCAACUACUGGUUAAAAUAUCAUUCUCUACUCUGUCUCCUCAGGAGACAUGGCUUACAAUAGAUAUCUAUUACCUUUCAUUCUCAUCAUCCUCCUUUUUCUGUCUCAAGCUCUUCCAAGUUCAGCUGAACAAAAUGUUCCCAACCAAUUUAACGUCAAAGCUGCCACUCUUACCUCCCUUCACAGGGAGGGAGAAAUGGCAGAAAAUGAUUUCAGUUCACUUAAUACAAAAACACUCGGGGUUCACAUCAGAAGACGUGGUCGUCGUUUUAUUCCUCGAAAAUCAUCGGCAAUUCGUACUCAACUGUCUUCUUUCAAUGUAGUUGGUUCUGCUAUUGUUUGCUCUCUUUUUCUUGGUAUUUUUCUGCUCUAGGUUGUUUUGGCUCCUUCCUCUUGCUCUUGGUUUAAUGCUGGAAAUUGUUCAUUUGAAUGGUGAUGAUGAAACAUCAAUAUUCAAAUUUGAUGAGCUAGUUAUCUUAAUAUAUUUAGUCGAGUCGUAGGAUCCUAAGAUGUUUGCUUAUU